UAUAAAUGGCCUCCCCGCUCCCUGCUUGUGCGCACUCCCUGGGAGUGUGAUCCGGUGCCCGCUGUGUCCUCUGGGACCUCUGUGACACAGUGGAACACCGAUCGCUGUAUGGGACCUCUGUGUGAGGUCCCGAUCAUGUGAUCACUGAUUGGCCAAUAGUAGUUCUGACAUCAUUGCUUACUACUAGUGAAAUCUGCGAAUGAACAGAGGUCACAACAGCCUAUUCACAACAGCCUUGUACCAUGUGACAAGCUGUGACCAACCACAGCUC